AACAUUUUUGUUUAUUAACUCUGCGUCAGCCAUCUUAAGAAGCAGCUAUUAAUUCGAAAAAUGGAGUCAUUAUUAGAACAACAACGGCGUUAUCACGAAGAAAGAGAACGACUCGUAGAUGCUAUGACCAAAGAGGCAUUUCUUCAAAAGAAAACGCAACGGGACCAGAUAAAUUCAGACACACGGAUGAAGUUUCUGCUGGAUCGUUUUGUUGAAGUUACGGGAGAACUGAAGGAGCUUUAUGAGGACAAGGAUGGAUUGAGGAAGGAAGAAAUACAAGCAUUGGCAGGCCCUAAUGAGUAUGCAGAGUUCCGACAGCGUCUAACAGCCAUUGAUAAAUUUUAUGCUCAGCACCCUAAUGAGAUCAGUGUGCCCAUGUCUAUAGAGUUUGAUGAACUGGCUAAACAACGUGAAAACCCAUCAGAUGAGGCACAGAAUCUUGUUGACUUCACUGAUGAAGAAGGUUAUGGAAAAUACCUUGACUUGCACGAGUGCUACAUUCGCUUUCUCAACUUGAAGGGAGUGGACAAAAUGGACUACAUCUCAUACCUUUCAUCAUUUGAUGAACUGUACAGAAUACCCAAGGAAAAGAAAACAACGGCUUUCAGAGAGUAUUUGGUUUUUCUUCUUGACUACCUAAGCCAGUAUCUCAGUAAGGUCAAACCAUUACUUGACCAAAAUGAGACAAUGGAGCAAGUGCAGACACAGUUUGAACUGGACUGGGCAGAUGGUGUAGUGCCUGGGUGGCCAAAAGAAGCAACUGGUGCCCUCACACAUGCUGGAGCUCACCUGGAUCUCUCAGCCUUUUCCUCCUGGGAGGAGUUGGCAUCCUUGGGAUUGGAUCGUCUCAAAUCUGCUCUCAUGGCUCUUGGAUUAAAAUGUGGAGGGACUCUAGAGGAGCGUGCUCAGCGCCUUUUCAGCACCAAAGGCAAAACUCUGGAGCAGCUUGAUCCUGCCCUGUUUGCAAAGUCUAAGCCUGGCAAGGCUGGCAAGACGGGAAAAGAGACGGAGAAACAAAAGGAGAUUGCUUUGCUAGAGGCCCAAGCUUAUCGGCUUGCCGAAUUGCUGAGUGAGCAGCGUACAGCCACACGUGAAAAUGUUCAGCGGAAACAGGCACAGACUGGUGAGGAGAGGCAGGAGAGUGAUGAAGAGCAAUACACUGAUACAGAAUCAGAUGAUGAGGAUGAUGACAUCCCAUAUAAUCCAAAGAAUCUGCCACUGGGCUGGGAUGGCAAGCCUAUUCCAUACUGGUUGUACAAACUGCAUGGUCUUAACAUCAGUUACACCUGUGAGAUUUGUGGAAAUUUCACGUAUCGUGGCCCCAAAGCUUUCCAGAGACAUUUUGCUGAAUCACGCCAUGCUCAUGGAAUGAGAUGUCUUGGAAUCCCAAACACUGCACACUUUGCUAAUGUCACAUCAAUAGAGGAUGCUUUAUCUUUGUGGAACAAAAUCAAAUCUGGCAAAGAGACGGAAAGAUGGAAAGCAGAUGUUGAGGAGGAGUAUGAAGAUUCCCAGGGAAAUAUUCUCAACAGAAAGAUGUAUGACCUGUUGAAGAAACAAGGAGUACUCUAAACAUUUAUAUAGAAAUGUUGAAAAAAGUGCAGCUGUUGUGUUUUAAGACUGAAAAGAAAUAAAAUGUGUUUUUGUUUU